GCAGAAAUGGGGACAUUUUAUGUCCCCCUACUCCUUCCCCAGGUACGUGGCCACCCCCCUGGCCGGGCUACUGAACGUCAAGGAGAAGAUCAGGUUAAAAGCCACCCCCAAUGCCGUGCUGGAGAAGUUUUACGCUGCCACCACCAAACACCCCAAGCAGGUGAGGGGAGGGGGGGAGGGGUCCUCAGCAGGGGCUCGACAGGUGGAGCGCUGGUUUCGCCGCCGCCGCAACCAAGACCGGCCCAGCCUGCUCAAGAAGUUCAGGGAGGCCAGUUGGCGAUUCACGUUUUACCUUAUUGCUUUCAUUGCUGGCAUGGCUGUCAUAGUGGAUAAACCCUGGUUCUACGACCUCCGGGAGGUGUGGAAGGGAUACCCCAUCCAGAGCAUGCUGCCCUCCCAGUACUGGUACUACAUGAUCGAGCUCUCCUUCUACUGGUCCCUGCUCUUCAGCAUCGCCUCUGACGUCAAGCGCAAGUGGGCUGUGGCGGUGGGGCUCUCUGGGGGCGGGGGGCAGACACGGGGGCGUCUGGGCAGGGUUUCCUUCGCCCUCGUGCUCACCCCCCCUCUGCCCCCGCAGUCCGCCAAGAUGUUCAACUACGCCGGCUGGAGAAACACCUGCAACAACAUCUUCAUCGUCUUUGCCGCCGUCUUCAUCGUCACCCGCCUGGUCAUCCUGCCCUUUUGGAUCAUGCACUGCACGGUGGUUUAUCCGCUGGAUCUCUACCCGGCCUUCUUCGGCUACUACUUCUUCAACUUCAUGAUGGUGGUGCUGCAGUCGCUGCACAUCUUCUGGGCCCACCUCAUCCUCCCCCUGAGGCGACGCCGCGCCGGCGGUGCCCGAGAGGCACGUGGCAGGGAUUCACCCCCACGCCGCGAGGUUUGA